GAUUAACAUUUAUCUGUGGUUUUCAGGGAAAACUAACCUCAAUUAAAUGUCAGUCGACUCGACACUCGACAGACAAUCAUAAACAAACACCAAAAUGUCAAAAAGAGGACGUGGUGGUUCUGGAGGAGCCAAGUUCAGAAUAUCCUUGGCUUUACCAGUUGGAGCAGUUAUCAAUUGUGCUGACAACACUGGCGCCAAGAACCUCUAUGUCAUCGCUGUACAAGGUGUAGGUAGCAGACUAAAUCGUCUACCAGCAGCAGCAUGCGGAGACAUGUUAGUUGCUACAGUCAAGAAGGGUAAACCUGAAUUGAGAAAGAAAGUUAUGCCUGCAGUAGUCGUAAGGCAACGUAAACCUUUCCGAAGGAGGGAUGGUACAUUUAUUUACUUUGAAGAUAAUGCUGGAGUAAUUGUCAAUAAUAAAGGAGAAAUGAAAGGAUCAGCGAUAACUGGUCCUGUUGCUAAGGAAUGUGCAGAUCUCUGGCCUAAAAUAGCUUCUAAUGCUGGAAGUAUUUCAUAGAAAUAAAUGCAUAAAAUGUUGAAA